GGAAGUUAUUUUUUUCUGAAACUGAAACACUGGGGUUGAAGAUAAAAGAUACACAACCUCAGAAAAAUGGUGCCAUGUAGGGAUGAUGUGCGUGAAAGAAUCAUUAGAAGGUUUGGUCUGUGAUGAUAAUUCAGUUCGUAGUAAAGAGGAAAAGUGCUGGAAAUGAUUUGUUAUCAAUUGAGGAUUGACAAAGAGAGCAGUUGGGAACUGGGAAGGCAAAAGGGUGGUCCUCUAUAAAAUUAUUGGUAAAAUUUAAAGUUUGAUUAAUUAAUAUAUUAUAUAUGUGUUUGUCUGUACAGUAACUAACAAGAAUAGGUAGAGGGCUAGCUAUAAAUAUGUGAUCUCCUUGUUGGUGAGAGCUUAAGUAAAGGAGGAUAGAGUGUUGGGUUUAGCCUCCUUUAAAAGGGAGUAUAGAAUUAUAGAUCAAGAGAGGAAAAAAGGGAGAGAGUAGAAAAGGGUCUAUUCUAUAAUUGUGAAGAGUUGAUUUAUGGAAGAACAGCUCAACACACUAGCUGUUUCUCAUCUCCUUCAACACACUCUCAGAAGUUUAUGCAUUCAUGAAGACUCUCAGUGGGUUUAUGCAGUCUUUUGGAGGAUCUUGCCUAGAAAUUAUCCUCCACCGAAAUGGGAUGGUCAAGGAGCCUAUGAUAGAUCACGAGGAAACAGAAGAAACUGGAUAUUGGUUUGGGAAGACGGUUUCUGCAACUUUGCAGCCUCAACAACUGAGAUCACUUCCGGGGAUUGUGCAGCCUCCUCAGCUUAUGGGAAUUGUGAAUUUCAAAACUAUCAAGGGCUGCAGCCAGAGCUCUUCUUCAAGAUGUCCCACGAAAUUUACAACUAUGGAGAAGGUUUGAUAGGAAAAGUUGCUGCUGAUCACAGUCACAAGUGGAUAUACAAAGAACCCACCGACCAAGAGAUCCACUUCGUGUCAGCAUGGCAAAACUCAGCAGACUCACAUCCUAGGACAUGGGAGGCUCAGUUCCAAUCUGGUAUAAAGACCAUAGCCUUGAUUGCUGUUAGGGAAGGUGUUGUCCAAUUAGGAGCUGUACACAAGGUGGUAGAAGACCUGAGCUAUGUUGUCCUACUGAGAAAAAAGUUUGGCUACAUAGAGAGCAUUCCUGGAGUGCUGUUGCCACACCCAUCAUCUUCAGCAUGCCCUUUCAAGGUAGAUGGUUACAGCUAUGGAUUAACAGCUGAUAAUAACACAUGGCACUAUCAACCUAGUACCCUUGCACCACCGCCCGAAUACUAUGAGCAAUUCAAUCAACCAAUGAAAAUAACUCCAUCAAUGAGCAGCCUGGAAGCCCUCCUCUCAAAGCUACCAUCUGUGGUGCCGCCACCAGCUUCUGGGUACUGUGAGUCAAAGCAGCCAGUUCUUCCACAAUUUGGAGCAGCAGCUCAAAGGCCGGCCAUGGAGUUAAUUGAAAUGGAGAAAGUGGCAAAAGAAGAGAUGGAUGAUCGUGAGGAUCAGUACAGGGGUGAACAUGGUGAAAGUAGCAGCUCAAUGUCGGGUUAUCAUUGUCAACAUUACUUCCAUUAUUGAGAAUGCUAACAAGAAAUGUGAGUACUGGGUCAUCCUCUCACUUUGUUAGUUUAUGUCUCAUCUCUCAACCAAUGUUCGUAUUAGAACUAGCCGUGGGACAGCUUUAUGUUAUUAACUCUCUACUAUUACAAAAUUGCUCAAUAAUUUAAGUUGUUGAUCAUUAUAUUA